AUGGAGUUACACACGGCGAUUCCACCGUCGCGUUCUUCACUUCCACCAUCUUUCUUCCACUCUCCACCACCUCCUUCAACCCAUUUUUCACCAAUCAAAACCUCACUCCCCUUUUCGCGCUUCAAUUUCUUCACCAAACUUCAAACACCAAUAAGAGGAAGAGGGUUACGACCCUGUAACUAUGUUGCUUCACAAGAAGAUAAUUCAAAUGAUGUGUUGGAUGAUAACAGAAUGAUUGGUGUGUGUGAUAAACUCAUUGGUGUUUUCUUGGUUGAUAAACCUACUCCUACUGAUUGGAGAAGAUUGUUGGCUUUUAGUAGAGAAUGGGAUAGCAUUAGACCCCAUUUUUUUGCACGGUGUAAGGAUAAGGCAGUUUCUGAAACCAAUCCUGCUAUGAAGGAAAAACUUCUCCGGCUCGCAAGGAAGCUCAAAGAGAUUGAUGAGGAUGUACAGAGACACAAUGAUCUUCUGGAUGUAAUCAGAAAGGAUCUGUCUGAAAUUAGCAAUGUCGUCUCCAAGCGCAGAAAGGAUUUUACAAAUGAAUUCUUUGAGCACCUUUAUGUAGUGACUGAAUCUUAUCGUGACGAUGCAGAAAAGCAAAAUGAACUGGCAAAGCUUGGGAAUGCAUGCUUGGCUGCUGUACAAGCUUAUGAUGGUGCAACAGAAAGCAUUGAACAGAUAAAUGCUGCACAACUGAAAUUCCAAGAUAUUAUCAAUUCUCCCUCACUUGAUGCUGCCUGUAGGAAGAUAGACAAUUUGGCUGAAAAAAAAGAACUUGACUCAACGUUGGUAUUAAUGAUCACCAAAGCUUGGGCUGCUGCCAAAGAUUCAAACAUGACGAAAGAUGAGGUACAAGACAUCCUCUUUCAUUUAUACACGACUACAGUGGCAAAUCUUCAGAGACAGGUUCCGAAAGAGAUUCGAAUAGUUAAGUAUGUUAUUCGAAUUGAGGAUCCUGAGGAGCAAUUGUCCGCCCUUAAUGACGCUUUUACACCUGGAGAUGAACUUGAAGGAACCCAUGUGGAUAGUUUGUACACGACACCAGAGAAACUUCACACUUGGAUAAAGACUGUCGUGGAUGCUUAUCAUUUGAGCAAAGAAAGUACACUCAUUAGGGAAGCACGGGAUCUGAUGAAUCCUGAGAUCAUCGAAAAAUUGGAGAAAUUGAAGAAGGUUGUGGAAAGGAACUUCAUGUGA